AUGAACCACGCUAAUCCUCAUAGCACUAGCGCUACUCGCUUAUUACAUCUUGCACACUUUCGUCGAUAUCUUUUGGGCUUCUUCAGGACACUCAACACCGGCCAAACUUUCGACACCACCGCCAAAAUGUCGCAGCUCUCCAAGAUCGCCCCCAACAGCCCGUCGCGCACGUCGCCUUCGGAGAUUGAGACUGCCAUCAACAAUGCCCUCGAGGAUCUCCAGAACAACACCCAGGACAUGAAGAGCGCUCUCCGCCCUCUUCAGUUCGUGUCCGCUCGCGAGAUCGAGGUCGGCCACGGCAGGAAGGCUAUUGUCAUCUUUGUCCCUGUUCCCCUUCUUCAGGGAUGGCACAAGAUCCAGCAGCGUCUCACCCGUGAGCUCGAGAAGAAGUUCUCUGACCGCCACGUGCUGAUCGUUGCUUCCCGCCGCAUUCUUCCCCGCCCCAAGCGUUCCAACCGCUCGCGCAACUCCCAGACCCAGAAGCGUCCCCGUUCCAGGACUCUUACUGCCGUCCACGACAACAUCCUCACCGACCUCGUCUACCCCGUUGAGAUCGUUGGCAAGCGUCUCCGCACCAAGGAGGAUGGCUCCAAGCUGUUGAAGGUUGUUCUUGACGAGAAGGAGCGUGGUGGUGUCGACUACAGACUCGACACUUACUCCGAGGUCUACAAGCGCCUCACUGGCAAGACCGUCAACUUCGAGUUCCCCCAGACCGCGGCUUCCGACUACUAGAUUUGGUGGUUGUUUGGCGAAAAGGCUUUCAUACGGUUCAGGAGUAGGGCAUCGGGCAUGCAUUACGUGUAUCCGGC